AUGCAUUUCUCCUUGAUUGCCUCUACCCCCCUCCUCUUCCUCUCCGCUCUUACCUCAGCUGCUCCAACCUCCAUUACAUCAGCCAUUGAAGCCCGCGCCUCUACUCAAAUCUACUACCUCGUCAACUGCUUCAACAACAUCACCUCCGCUGCUUAUGCUGAGACUGACUACUACCAAAGCAGCAAGUCUUUGUCUCCUCCCGGGCCAACCCCAACCGAGACAGCGAUCCUCAAUACCGAAGACUCUAUUGACUUCGAAGAUGGAACCUGGGUAGCCACUACCCCAUUCACCAUCACUGCCGUCAUCGGCGAAGACGCCUACACCGCCACAUCGGGUACCCUCGUUGGUUCAGCUACCGCCAGCACCUCUACCAAGGCUUUGUCUUGUAUCCGUCUUACAAGAUUUGUCUUGUAUGAGCCAAAGGUUGACGAGCAAUGCUACAGCGACUACGCUUGCAAGAUAAGCCUCACAAAAUUUCCUCCACAAACGAGUACCCAUGAACUAAGCUGA